CACUUCCCUCUGCGUGCGGAGGGCCACCCUCCGCCGGCUCGGCCGGGCUGCCUGCUAGGGUGCUGCGAGGAGGAGUAGGAGUGGUAGCAGGACGGGCCCGGUGGUGGCACUGAGCCGCUUCCCACCGCUGCUACCCCAGGGGCGCCGGGGCCUCGUGUACACCCGCUCGGGGAGGCGGGCGGGGCUGCCGCGGGAGGGGCCUCCCGCCGUCCCCGCCCCUCGCUGCGCCGCGACAUGGCCGCCGCCACCUGGUGCUACCGCGGAGACCCCGAGGCAGAGCAGCCGGCCGUGCUGGUGCAGUUCUCCAACGGCAGGCUGCAGCGGUCCGACUCCAUGCGGUUCACCGUCUACCGAAACAGGGAUAGGACCCAUCCCCGGAAGAAGCAUCGGAGGAUUCUGGUCUCAGAAACUGAAAGGCUUUCGUAUGUGGGCAAUAACUUCGGCAGUGGAGCUAUGAAGUGUAACUCCCUAUGCAGGUAUUUUGUUGGUGUAUUAAACAAGGACUCUGGGCAAAUGGAAGUCUAUAAUGCUGAAAUAUACAACAUGCAACCCUUCCUGUCAGAUAGCGUAAUACCUGAUGACACGAAGGAUUAUCAGAAUAAAUCCUACAGGGAGAAGAUGGAUUUGUGCAUUGAGGCCUUUGGUACCAGCAAGCAGAAGCGAGCUCUGAACUCCCGGCGAAUGAAUGCAGUGGGCAAUGAUAUUCUGAAUACUGCUGUGACGAAAGCAGCAGCAAACAUUAUAGAUGCAAAGGGAGUAACAGCUUUGAUCCAGGAUGUGGCCCAAGAUGAUGUACAGAACAUCUCCAUCUUCCUCCCACCGUGUAAUGAAGAUGCUGACAAACCAGAAAAUGUUUACAAGUUUGAGGACAUUCUGUCCCCAGCAGAGUAUGAAGCAUUGCAGGUUCCAGCAGCAGUCUUUGUUAACAUGACUUCAGAAGAAAUCACCAAGAAAACAGAAGAUAAAAGCCAUUGCUCCUUUGUUUUAGAGGAGCUGAAGUUCUUGCCUGCUGAUGAGAAGAGAAGAGAUCACAAAGCCCGAUGCCUUUGGUUCCUGGACACCCUUAUUAAGUUCAGCUACCUGAAAGUGAUCAAGAAGAAGCAUCCGAUGGGUCCUGAAUGCCCACACAUUAUUAGCAGGAAACUCAUGAAGAAUUUCACUUCGCUGACCUACAACAAUGGCAGUGUCCAGAAUUUAAUCUCUGCAUCAAUGAAGACUAAAAUCACAGCAUACGUCAUUGCAUUGGCUCUGCACAUUAACAACUUCCAGAUAGACCUCACUGUCCUGCAGAAUGACAUGAAGCUCCAAGAAAGCAAGAUGAUGGACAUCGCAAAGGCCAUGCGGUUGAAGGUCUCCAAGGCAAAGGGGCUGCCGGGACUUGAGGAUGACCAGAACCACAAGCUGGGCACACUCUCUCUUCCCUUGCCUGUGCAGAAGGCACCAGGGAACCAACGGAAGCGCAAGAAGAUGGCAUAAAAUGUCGGGGAUGUCUGAGCAGGGGCGGAACAGUUCCUUUCUCAACUGCUGUUCUGCACACAGAGCAUCAUGGGGAUGCUUUUGUCUGUUGGAUUUGGCUGUCCAGCAUCAGCACAUGACCCUGAUGAAGCCCUGUCUCAAGGCUGGACUGGAACAGAUGUUCACCUCAUUAAACUCCUUCUUUUUUCUAUUUAUGUAGAAAAAGUGAUAAUAAAACACCUGUCUUUUUUCCUGUC